AUGUCUUUAGUAUCAGGAGUUUCGAACUACCUGCUAGCCCCCGGGAACGUUGAUGCUGUCCAAGCCGCCUCAACUGCCGCGGUCCUGGGGCUGGUCUUCCACAAUACAGUCCUGCGAACUGUAGAAGUGGAGGCUUUCAUGUAUACACUUGUUUCCAUGGGACUCGUCAGUCUUGGAGUCAUUUUUGCGGUGCAUCUUUACCCUCAAUUUACUCUUCUUGCUGCGCUUGCACGGGUUUGCCUAUUGUCCGCUUCCUUCAAUGGGGCAGUUUUCCUCAGUAUUGGCAUUUACAGAUUUUUCCUCCACCGACUCAGAAAGUUUCCAGGCCCGCCUCUUGCGAAGAUCUCUCGAUUCUACUCGGCUUACAAGGCGUCCAGAGGCCUCAAAUACUUCAAGCAGGUGGGAGAGUGGAACCACGAGUAUGGAGAUUUUAUUCGGACCGGCCCUCGAGAGCUUGCUGUCAUUCCGCUGAAUACUUACGAGCCUCUCAUUAACUCUAAGGUCGAUGAGUUUAUCGAGCAACUGUCCAAGCGGGAGACCAUCGAUGCAACAGCCUGGUCCAUGUAUUUAUCUUUUGACAUAAUGGGCAAGGUCGGAUUCGGCAAGGAGUUCUACGGGGUGACCAAAGGAGAAGAGCACCCAGCAAUUGAGGGAGUGCAUUCUUCAAUGAACGUCCUCGGUAUCAUGAGUCACGUUCCUUGGUUGCUGAACAUGAUGGGAAAGAUACCUGGAGCCGCAGCUGCCUAUCAGGAAUUCUUUGCGUGGUGCGGUUCAGAGAUCGAGGCGAAGAAGAAGAACUGGGACGUAGAAGAAUAUCCCAAAGAUAUUGUGUCAUGGCUCAUCAAAGCCGUGAUGGACCAGGAGCCCUCAGCAUCUCCCUCCGACCCAGCACUGCACGAGGACUCCCGCGUCGUCAUCGUUGCGGGCAGCGAGACCACAGCCACAACCCUGGCCUGCAUCCUGUACUACCUUUCUAAGCACUCCGGCGUGCAGAGGAAGCUCCAGUCCCAGCUCGAUGCCGCACUUGGCCGGCAGUGGAGCUAUGAAAAGGUAAAAGAUGUGACGUUCAUCGACGACAUCAUCAACGAGACUCUGCGCCUGAAGCCGGCUCUCCUAACAGGCGGCUUCCGCGUCACACCGCCGCAGGGCAUCACCGUGGACGGGACGUUCAUCCCGGGCGAUACCAACGUGUUCGUGCCCGUGCAGCUCAUUCAGAAUGACCCGCGGUACUGGAAGGAGGCGGCCGAGUUUAUCCCGGAGCGAUUCGGCGAGAAGAGGGCUGAGUUGGGCACCGACGGGGCGCCAUUCCUGCCGUUCACAUUGGGAGCGUACCAGUGCCCCGGCAAGAACUUGGCGUUUCUUUCGCUGCGGAUCGCGCUGUCAAGGGUGGUGCGGGAGUUUGAUGUUGCUUUUGCUCCCGGUGAGACUGGGGCAUCGUUUGAUCGGGACGCCAAAGAUACAUUCACUACGACGCUGCCGCCUGUGAUGAUUAAAUUCACGAAGAGGAAGUAA